UGCUCUCCAUUCUUAAAAAGUAGUCACACCAGUGGCAUUCCCUAAAGCUUCAGCGAUCAAAGAGAGCAGCUUCUAGCAUUUUAGAGAGAGAAAGAGAGUGAGCAACAGCAAAGAUGUCGAAGGAAUUGAGCGAAGAGGGACACAGGAAAGACUAUGUGGACCCACCACCAGCACCACUCUUGGACAUGGGCGAGCUCAAGCUCUGGUCCUUCUACAGAGCCCUCAUCGCCGAGUUCAUCGCCACCCUCCUCUUCCUCUACAUCACCAUCGCCACCGUCAUCGGCCACAAGAAGCAGGCCGGAGACUGCGGCGGCGUUGGCCUUCUGGGCAUUGCUUGGGCCUUCGGUGGCAUGAUCUUCGUCCUAGUCUACUGCACCGCCGGAAUCUCAGGUGGUCACAUUAACCCAGCGGUGACCUUUGGACUGUUCUUGGCAAGGAAAGUGUCGCUGAUUCGAGCUGUGGCUUACAUGAUGGCACAGUGUUUGGGUGCUAUCUGCGGUGUUGGGUUGGUAAAGGCGUUCAUGAAGCACUCUUACAACGGUCUCGGUGGUGGUGCUAACUCUGUUUCUCCAGGGUACAACAAGGGCACUGCUCUUGGUGCUGAGAUUAUCGGGACUUUUAUGCUUGUUUACACUGUUUUCUCAGCCACUGACCCCAAGAGGAGCGCACGUGACUCGCACGUCCCUGUGCUGGCUCCUCUGCCUAUUGGGUUCGCUGUGUUUGUGGUGCACUUGGCCACCAUCCCCAUCACUGGUACAGGCAUCAACCCUGCUAGGAGUUUUGGUGCUGCUGUUAUCUACAACAAUGACAAAGUCUGGGAUGACCAUUGGAUCUUCUGGGUUGGACCGUUUGUGGGAGCACUGGCAGCAGCAGCGUAUCACCAGUACAUUUUGAGAGCUGCAGCUAUUAAGGCUUUGGGAUCAUUCCGCAGCAACCCCACCAACUAAGUACCAUCAAGGAGAAUAGAACACCUCAAGAAAAAGAAAAAGAAAAAAAAAAAUGUUUUGUGAAUCUAAUUUCUCAUCUAUUUGUUGUAUUGUGUGUGUAUGUAUUGAGAUGUUGAUAUAAAGAGCACUGCUUUUUCUUUUCUCUA